CCUCGCAGUUUGUUUCAUCAACAUGGCGUCUGAGUCGCAGAGCUUUGGGAGUAAGAAGAAUUGUGUUUUUUGUAAAAUUGCAGCUAAAGAACAAGAAUCUCGCAUAAUUUUUGAAGACGAGAAGACUGUUGUAUUUCCAGACAUUCGCCCAGCCGCAAAGCACCAUUAUUUGGUGAUUCCCAAAGAACAUUAUGGCAAUCCGAAGUCGCUCACUUCAGUUGACCUGCAAGUAGUUGAGCAUUUGUUUGAGGUUGGAAAGAGUGCUAUUACUAACAGUGGUGCUGAUUCGGAGGAUGUCUUGUAUGGCUACCAUUGGCCACCAUUUAAUUCUAUACAGCAUCUGCAUCUCCAUGUAAUAUACCCGGGUGGACAGAUGGGAUUUUUUGCUCGACAAAUCUUCAGACCCAACUCAUUCUGGUUUGUUACUCACGAAUGGCUUUUAGAACAUUUGAAGAAAAAUUCUGCCGGUCAAUCUUGCUAAAGCUAACUUCGCUCCAGAUUUAAAAUUUUGAUGGAGCAACGGUUUAGUCAGAUAGCCCAUGGUUGACUUCAAAUAUUGACUUCUCGUCCAUAUUUGAAUGACUGUAAUGCAACAAUAAUCUGAAAACGGCUAAUUCGGGAGAAUUGUUUUUGCAAGAGCUUUCAAAAGGUGUUGGUAACCGCUGAUGCUGUAUGCCAUGGAUGAUGAAAUACAUGUACACGAGAAAAGACACUGUAGCAUUAAUACUAAUAGUACUUUCAUCUAGAGCUCUUACUGAGACAGGUACGCACACCAUUCGGUACGCACAUGUUGAGCUGAGAAAAGAGCAAAAUUUUAAAAGAGAAAAAUUUACAAUUUACCGACGAAACGGGUGUUACGGAAACGAAGACCCUCGAAAACGAAGACCUAAGACCCUGUAAGCAGAAAACCGUAGAAAUUACAAGUUAAACACGCA